ACCGUAGAAAGGUCACAGCACCGGAAGUACAUGAUGAGGAACUACGGAAGCCUGUAGAGGUGGAGCGGAACACCGGGACCUGAGGAAAGACGUCUUUUGGUUUUUAAGAGGUCAGGCACGUGAGUUGUGUGUAAAAAUGGCUGGACUSGUCAACUUUGAAGAUGAGAACGAGGUGAAGCAGUUUUUGGACAACCUGGGAGUGGAGUACAGCUACCAGUGCCACAGAGAGAAGGACCCUGAAGGGUGCCAAAGGCUGGCAGACUAUUUUGAAGGGGUGAAGAGAAAUUUCGACUCUGCAGCACAAAUUCUCAAACACAACUGUGAGACAAAUGGACAUCCAGAAAGCUGCUACAAACUGGGAGCGUACCAUAUCACAGGCAAAG